GGUGGUUGGUUCGCUGACAGACUGGGAGGAGAGAAAAAGCAGGAAAAAAAAUAAAUAAAGUUUGUGUGAAAGAAAAGUGAAGUUUCCCUCGGUCGUGUGAAGCGGUGCGCGUGAAGUGAGGGGGAUGCGGACCUAGUCUGUUCAGUGUUCACAAGCAGACGCGUUCUCGCUGCCUCAGUCUGCGACUCCAUGGCCGGGGAGACGGCGGCGGGCGCGGAGCAGGGAGCGGGCGCCCCCGAGCGCAGGGAGUUCCUCUUCAAAGUGCUGGUCAUCGGGGAGCUGGGGGUGGGCAAGACCAGCAUCAUCAAGCGCUAUGUGCACCAGCUCUUCUCCCAGCACUACAGGGCCACCAUCGGCGUGGACUUCGCCCUCAAAGUCAUUAACUGGGACAGCAAGACCCUGGUCCGACUGCAGCUGUGGGACAUAGCAGGACAAGAGAGGUUUGGGAACAUGACAAGAGUCUACUACAAAGAGGCAGUGGGUGCGUUUGUGGUUUUCGAUGCAAGAGGUUCCACGUUUGAAGCCAUCACUAAGUGGAAAUCUGACCUGGAUAGCAAAGUUCACCUUCCUGGUGGUGGUCCCAUACCUGCUAUUCUUCUUGGCAAUAAAUGUGAUCAAAAGAGGGAGAACAGCAUGCAGAGCCCCUCUCAGAUGGACCACUUCUGUAAAGAAAAUGGUUUUGUUGCAUGGUUUGAAACCUCUGCAAAGGAUAAUAUUAACAUCGACACAGCCGCUCGAUGCUUGGUUGACAACAUACUUGCAAAUUUCAAGAACUUUCCUGCAGAAGAAAAUGACAUCGGCAGUGUUCAGCUUGAUCAGGAAACCAUGCCAGCAGAAAGUAAAUCCCAAUGCUGUUAACAUUAAACAAAAGCAAAGGAGAAGCCAGAACCUGACAAUAAUACUGCUGCAAAAUGCUGCUUCCAUGGAUGUCUAUACAUCAUCUUGUGUGUUCUGAUGAUACAAGUUUACAGGAUUUACCUGCGGUGUAUUGAUGGUGUAUUGAUAAUGUAUAUAGUAACAAAUGUGGCUUGCAAUGGUCAAGGUCAGUCAGUUGUCAUCAAACAUAGGCAGUCGCUAUUUUAUAUCUAGGCCUGUUCUUAAAACUAUGCAUAUCCGAUCAGUUUUAUACUAUUUUGAAGAACAAUGUUGUGUAUUAUGUUUAUAUGCCUUUAUGUAAUUGCUUAUGUGUGUCAUCUAUUGAAUCUUUCUAUGCCUGGUUGUGCACGGAGAAUUGAAAUUACUGCCAUCGUUGUUGCUUAGUACUGUUAUCUACUCCUAUUUAUUUGGUAAUUCACAGUAUGGGUUAUGGUACAGCUUGCCAGGAUAAGAACAAUAAUGUUUCCCCUAUAUGAUACUGUUCCGAGAUUUAAGGGAAGACUGUAAUGUGGGGGGACACAUAGAAAUGGUGUAUCACAAUUAUAUUGUGAUCCCUAGUUUACAUUUAGAUUUCCAAUUAAAAGGAGUUUUCCAAGGGGUAAAAAAUAACGGAAAGGCCUCAGAGUUGGUUAAAAAAAAAAAUAAAAGCAAUACUCUCCCCCAUCAGACACCCCCUUUUCCCUCACCUUCAUUCUGACAUGGGUUCCCGCCGGUAUCUGCUUCCUGGUCUGCAUUGACAUGCAUGAAAUGCCUGCUCAGCCAAUCACUGCCUGAGGUGGGUCACCAUUGCGGCUAGUGAUUGGCUGAGAGGCUUUUCCUGUGUGUCAGUAGAGGAUCAGGAACCAAAGAUCAGCAGGGUCCUGGUGAAUGUUUAAAACGAGUGUCAGGGGAUCAGCGAGGAUGGGUAUUACUUAUUUUAUUGUAUUUUGUUAUUGCACUCAGGCCUUUUGAUAUUGUUUACCCUGGACAACCCCUCUAAUUACGGUGUCCAGAAUCUGGCUGGUUGCUAUGGGUUAUUUCAGACAUAUGAUAAAAUGUCUUGGGUCACAGACAAGACAGUAAUUAUGAAUUGAUGAAUGCCUUAUUCAAGAACGUUUGAACAACUGUGACAUUGUACCCAUGUAAAUGUGAAGCCAGUAGUAUAUUGCCAAGUUAGGGGUAUUGAUAAUUUGUGAUAAUGUUAUGCAACUGUAUCCUUCAUCCAAGCAAUAGCUAGUUUGCAUUCUGCUCAUACAGAAAGUUACUUCUUUAUAGCAGGGUUUAAUUUCUAUUAGAAACAGUAGCAUAUCUCUGAGGUAUUAAACUCACAUAUACUAUGUACCUUGUUCAUUUGUCUAUCCCAGAAAAUGGUCAAAUGAAUUAAACAUUGCUGGAUCUGUUAUUUGGUUUCUUUAGCAUUUUUUCUCUUUGCUUGCAUUGUCAUUCCAGAUGUAU